CGCCCAUUCAAGUCAUAUGUGCCACACCGACCAAUAGAAGGAGGGCAGUGAAUUUUAAAAGGAGCCGCGGUCGCUCAGAAAUUACGUUUAGAUCAUAACAACUCUCAGGUACGAGAGCCAAAACACCAACCGACAGCGAAAACAACACAUUACCGAGGUACAAUGGCCCACAUAUUCUUUGCUGAGCGAGAAAAUGCAAGUCUUUACCCACCUACUAUGAAGAUGCGCCAGCGGCUUCAGUCUGCUCCAGAAAAACUUGGAACUCUUAUAACUACCAAAGGUUUACACACGCCAUCUGGCCGUAAAGCUUUUGGUACUGUGAACAAAAAGAUUUCAACCCCUGCCAUCAACACACAAGAGAAGAAAACCCUAAAAUCACAGGAAACCAAAGUCAAACAUGCUUCAGAACAGAAGACCAAAGUUGAGGACUAUGCGGAAAUUGAAAAGGUCUUCCCUUAUGACCCGCUAGAGUUUGAGAGGUACAGCAUACCUGAGGACUUAAUUCCUCUCGGUAGCUUUGCUCUGCCUGGACUGGCCUGUUUCCCACAAGCUCCAGUGCUGUUUGAGGAGGACUUGGAGAAGUUUGACCCACUUCCAAACCUGUCACCUGUAAAAAUGCCAAAUCAUUCAGAUUAUUGCCCAGCACUGGACGCCUUUCUACAAACACUUGAUGAGCUGACUGUUGAACUUCCUCCAGAAAAUUUUACUGACUAAAUGUUGAUGCCUGUUUGUUAUUGUGAUUACAUUUUUACUGAAAUAAAGUUUUGAUCUGUCACUUUUA